AAAAAAACUUGAAAACCUUAGGUAAAGGAAAAACCGAAAAGUAUGAAGCGGCGCCGUUUCAGUCUGGAUCCCUUGUUUUGACUUUGAAUCGACCCCAAUCGUCUACCUACCGACGUUCUCGUCUCUCUCCGGAACGAAGGCUUUCUCCACCUGCUGCGAUGGAUUUGUUUCUUUGAAUCAAAGCUUAAGACUAAGGCAUAUGCAACUCUUUUCGCUGUACUAUUGGCUGUGAAUAGGUUGUUAAGCAUUGAUCAAAUUUGGAAAAAUGAACACAAAGUUCGAAAAGGUAUUGGAUAGUGGCAGAAGCGUUGUUGUUGAUCUGAAGAGAAAGAGGCCAGAACGAUGCAUCAUCCCUUCAAAAAAGGGAGCUACUCAUGUGCCGUUCACUCUGCACUGCCCUCCAGUAUCAUCAAUCAAUAAGAUCAACAAGCGGAGGAAACUAGAUGGAUCCGUAAACAAGUAUUGCAGUUUUACUUUGCCAUCUGGGAAGCGUCUGCUUAAUAAUUAUUCCAACUUUAAGAAAAGUGGGAAUUUGCAGCGCUUGAUGUAUCGUGACAAUGAUGAGUGGAAUGAUUUUUCCCUUGACAUCAUUACACGUGUCAACAGGGAUCUUCUUGUUGGCAAGCCUGCAAUUGAAGUGGAGUUUAAUGGAAACAAGAUUCUGCUUGAUUUCUUGUAUAUGAUGCAGUUGGACCUGAAUACCGGUAUGCAUCGGCCUAUUGCUUGGAUUGAUGCCUGUGGAAACUGUUUUUUCCCUGAAAUAUUUAGUGAUUAUGAUGAAACAAAUAGUUAUGACAAUGAAUUUUCUGAAGGCAAAGGUGCUAUAAACUUGCAUUUGGAGAUUGCUAUAGAUGGAUUAGAUAAUGAGUCUAGUGGGGAAUCAAAUAUGAUUGUCGAGCAGGUACAUGCUCAUGAGAGUGCUGCUCCUAGAAAUAUUGAUGAUGGAACUGAUGAUAGUUGCAAAGAGGCAUCAUAUGAGGGUGCCAAUGUGAAAUUUGAGGACAGUCAGCCAAUUGAAGUUCAAGUGGUUAGUCCUGUACCUAGCUCAUUGAGAAGUGACACUGUCAAGGAGCUGUUUGUAAAAAGUAUUAGCUCAGCUGCUGUGGAGAUUGUGGAAAUGCAUCAUUGUACUAGUAUUUUGAUGAAAAGUCGGUUGGAACUAUUUGAGAAACAGGCAGAAAUCACAAAAAAGUACCGCGGAGAUGCAAAUGUUCAGUAUGCGUGGCUUCCUUGUUUGAAAGAAUCUGUUUCAAGCAUACUAAAGUAUGGGCUAGGGCAUUACAAGCCCUUGAAGAUGAAACCCUUCAAUGGUAUGGGGAUACAUCUGAUCCCUGCAAAUGGGACACAGAUCAGUAUUGGUUGUUUAGACGUUGAUGAAAAUGAUACACGGCAUAUGGUAUUCUGUCGUGUUAUAAUGGGAAAUAUGGAGCUUGUUAGUGGUGGAUCAACUCAAUUCCAUCCCAGUAGUGAGGAAUUUGAUAGUGGUGUUGACAAACUUCCAAAUCCAAAUCGUUAUGUCGUAUGGAACAUGAAUGUGACUUCUCACAUCUACCCUGAAUGUGCGAUUAGUUUCAAGAUGACUUCUGAUGUUGAAGAACCUGUUUUUGGGAAAGAAAGCAUGGUUAAUCUUCCUGUCUUCAAUACUUGUUUCAAAGGACCUCAAAACCAGAUGGCAGGAAUAAAAUUUCAAGCUAGGACCCCUAAGAGUCCUUGGAUGCCAUUUCCUAUGCUUUUAGCUGCCAUUUCAAGCAAAAUCCCUUCUCAGCACAUGGACCUUGUGAAGACCAACUAUUUGUUGUUCAGAAAUAAAAGUAUUAGUCGGGAUACGUUUGUGAAGAAAUUGAGGACGAUUGUUGGUGAUAAUUUACUGAAGUCAGCAAUAACAAGUCUUCAGUGCAAGGUGUCAUCGAACUCCAGCGUUGAAACGGUUUGCAGCUAAGCAUGAGUGAUCAAAAGUUGAAUUAUCUAAUGUCUAAGUGAGUUUGAAGUUUCUGCUAGUAUUAUUUUGCUAUGUUUGUCUCUCUCCAAUUACACUUGUUUGUGAGUAAAUUGGUUGGAAAAAAACUUACAUAUGUUUGUUUUGACAGAUUUUUUUGAUAUUUUUCACAUAUUAUAGACGCUCUAAAUAUAGUUAAUUUUGUCUGGUCAA